CGGAGCCUUAGAAACCGGCCCCGGAUCGGGAGCCGAAGCCGGGGCCGGGCGGGCGGCAGAGGCCCGAGCGGCGGGAGCGCAGCGCGGAGCGCGAAGCCGGGCAUCCGGUCGCGAGAAACCGCUGCCGCUGCCGCCCGCCUGGCCCCGCAGCCCCGGGCGGUCCAUGGGGCAGGCGCGGCGUCGUUGCGGGCGCGGGCAGCCCUGGGGGGCAGCCGCUUAGGCGCCGUCCUCUUGUCCCCGCAGGUCGCAGCCAGGGCGGCCGGGCGCGCCCAGCCCCGGCCCCUGGAGCGCCCGCCGCGGUCCCCGCCUCCAUGGACGCCUUCAAGGGGGGCAUGAGCCUGGAGCGGCUACCGGAGGGACUCCGGCCGCCGCCGCCGCCGCACGACAUGGGGCCUGCCUUCCACCUGGCCCGCGCCGCCGACCCCCGCGAGCCGCUCGAGAACUCCGCCAGCGAGUCGUCCGACACGGAGCUGCCAGAGAAGGAGCGCAGCGGCGAAGUCAAGGGGCCGGAGGACAGCAGCGCGGGAGGCGCAGGCUGCGGCGGCGGGGAGGACCCGGCCAAGAAAAAGAAGCAGCGGCGGCAACGCACGCACUUCACAAGCCAGCAGUUGCAAGAGCUGGAGGCCACGUUCCAGAGGAACCGCUACCCCGACAUGAGCAUGCGGGAGGAGAUCGCUGUGUGGACCAACCUCACCGAGCCGCGCGUGAGGGUCUGGUUCAAGAACCGGCGAGCCAAGUGGCGGAAGCGCGAGCGCAACCAGCAGCUGGACCUGUGCAAGGGCGGCUACGUGCCGCAGUUCAGCGGCCUGGUGCAGCCCUACGAGGACGUGUACGCCGCCGGCUACUCCUACAACAACUGGGCCGCCAAGAGCCUGGCGCCAGCGCCGCUCUCCACCAAGAGCUUCACCUUCUUCAACUCCAUGAGCCCGCUGUCCUCGCAGUCCAUGUUCUCGGCACCCAGCUCCAUCUCCUCCAUGACCAUGCCGUCCAGCAUGGGCCCCGGCGCCGUGCCCGGCAUGCCCAACUCGGGCCUCAACAACAUCAACAACCUCACCGGCUCCUCGCUUAACUCGGCCAUGUCACCGGGCGCCUGCCCGUACGGCACGCCCGCCUCGCCCUACAGCGUCUACCGGGACACGUGCAACUCGAGCCUGGCCAGCCUGCGGCUCAAGUCCAAGCAGCACUCGUCGUUCGGCUACGGCGGCCUGCAGGGCCCGGCCUCGGGCCUCAACGCGUGCCAGUACAACAGCUGACCGGCCCGCCAGGCCCCGCGGGCCCGCGGCCGGGGCGGGCCGGGGCGGGCCGGGGCGGGGGCGGCGCGGAGGACCUAGCACGCCGCGGCCCCUGCGCCCGCGCAGCCCUCUCCUCCCCACCUCCCCACCUCCGGGCUGGUUGUGUGUUUGCUUUUUCUGGACCCCGCUCUGCCCUCCCAAACCAGACGAAACGAAACAAAAAGACGUCGGAGAAAAGUGCUGCGAAAAAACGGAUGAGUUGCAAUUUCCCUCGGGAUGGCGCGGGUGGUGUGUGUUCGCUCCCUCGGGCCGGGCGGGCCGUCGCACGGAGGGGGCGCGGCACGGGAGGCCGGCGGGCCGAGGAGGACGCCCUCGGAGCCCGCGUGCCCACCGCGCUGGCCCCGGGAGGAGCGGCCGCGCCUGCGAACUGGACGCGCGGAGCCCGCGCAGGCCGGCCCCGGCCCCGGCCCCAUGCGAACCGAGGCUCCCCCUCCAGGCUGGGCCCGGCCGAGCGUACCUUAGCUCGAUUCGGAUCCGAGUUGGAGCGGGCGCUGGGUCGGGGAUGAUGGCGCCCAGCCUGGGUUCGGGGACUCGCUGUGGAGCCGCACGCGGCCGCGGCGCGCCCCGAGAACCCUCGGCAGCCCCGAGCACCGGAGUCCUAUUUUAAGGCUACGGAGCCCCAGCUGGCGGUGCGGACGUGGCGGGAGAAUGGGGUGGGCUCGUCUCCGAGCACCCCGGGCGCCCCUGCCCAAGUUUCGCCACAGGCCCAGACCCUCUACGCUCCCGGGCUAGGAGGUGCCCCCCUUGGCCCGGCGAAGAGCCCCCUCCUCGCCGCCCGCCGUGCAAGAGUCGAGCCGGGAGAGCUCGGGGCGCGGCCAGGCCCCCCCCUCGCCGCGCCCACUUUGCACACCCGCUCUCCGGCCCGCGCCCCUGUUUACAGCGUCCCUGUGUAUGUCGGACUGACUGUAUAGAAUUAUAAAUCUGUCUAUAUCGACUUGUCCAUGUACGUCUAUUAAAACCAUAGUACAAGCGUGCUAACC